UGAGCUCACUGUGAGCUGACACAGUGAUCACUCCAGUACCAGAGCACUUGUAUCUGCCUCACGUGUCUUGCUCUAGUCUUCUUUUUAUACCACUGUGUUCAUGGAGGUGGAAGGAGAGAAGGCCAUGGAAGUGGCCGAGGACGUGGGCCAUGCCUAUGGCGACUGGUUCAAAAGAUAUAUGCGCCUGUUUUGUAGAAGGUUUUUGGAGUGGUUCCUGGUUUAUUUGUUCGGCUACUACAACGUCAGCUUUGGGUGGCUCAUGGCGCCUCUCUUCUUCCUUGUUCUGAGGGAUAAAAGAGCCAAGGAAAAGCAAACUAAGUUUGACAUAAUACGAUCGAUCGCCAACGCUGACGAGAAGGAUAUUCUUCAGGAGAUCCAGCGAUUCUCUAACCUGCCGUCUUGGGUAACCUUCCCAGACAUGGAGCGCGUGGAGUGGCUCAACAAAAUAAUCCGUCAGUUGUGGCCUUAUGCAGGCCAUUAUGUUCAGGAUCUAUGCAAAUUUUCCAUUGAACCCAGCAUGCGUGUUGCAUUUGAAGAAUAUAAACUUAAUGGUUUUAAAUUUGAGAAGAUCAUCCUUGGAGACACACCUCCUAGGUUUUCAGGCGUUAAGGUUUAUGAUGAUACUUCACGCCAUGAAAUCAUAAUGGACAUGGAUUUUGCGUAUGCUGGAGAUUGCAAGUUUGAAGUGAGUGUUUCCAAGUUCAAAAUGGGCAUCAAAGAUUUACAGAUCUCAGGAAGGAUGCGAGUGAUGAUGAAACCUCUUGUAAGACAAAUUCCCCUUGUUGGUGGCCUCCAAGUAUUUUUCCUUAACAAUCCUGAUGUUGACUUCAAUCUAAUUGGCCUUGCUGAUGUAUUUGAUAUGCCUGGACUAAGUGAUAUCCUGAGAAGUAUUGUGAUAGAGCAGAUAGCACACAUGAUGGUUCUGCCCAAUAGAUAUCCCAUCCAACUUGUCCAGGACAUAGAUAUUGCAGAGCUUAAAUGCCCAUCUCCUGCAGGUGUUCUUCGAAUCAAUGUCAUCGAGGCCCAUAAUCUGAUGAAGAAAGAUGUUGGGAUUAUGGGUAUGGGUAAGUCUGAUCCAUACUGCAUUUUGCGUUUGGGUGCCCAGAAGUUCCAAACCAAGACUAUCAACAACACUAUCAACCCUAAGUGGGACUACUACUGUGAGGCAUUAGCCAAUGUGAUUCGAAGACAACAUGUGACUAUAGAGUGCUGGGAUUAUGACUAUAGUCCUCUCAAGUCUUACGAGAAUGAUGACUUUUUGGGCAGAGCAAACCUCGAUGUUCAUGACAUUUGGAAGAGUGGAGAAGUGGAUAUGUGGGUGCCAUUGUCUGAUGCAAAGUCAGGCCGUAUACAUGUCCGAGCUUCUUGGUUAGACCUCAGUGAUUCUGCAGGUUCCCUAGAAUUGCAACUAGAAGAAAUCCGAGCCCUGCAGACCACCACAAAGAAUCCUCUACAUAGUGCAGUUCUCAUGGUGUGGGUUGACUCGGCCAAGAAACUUAAUAGCAUCCCUGAUCCAUUUGUACGACUGCAUGUUGGUAACACACAGCAGGAAACAACUGUACGUCAGCGCACCAAUGAUCCGGUAUUUGAGGAAGGUUUCACUUUCCUUGUGCGAAACCCACGUACACAAGAACUCAAAAUUGAGGUCAUUGACCAUAAGACAAGUCUGGUACAAGGUAAGAUUGAAUUGGACCUGAAUGUGUUCUUGAAGGAGCGUAACAUGGAAGUUAAGAAUGAGGAGUACUCCUUAAGUGGUGCAAGUGGAGGGCUGGCUUCUCUCAAGCUGACAUUAACACUCAGGAUUUUGAAGACAGCACUCAAAAAAGAUGAUGGGGAUGGUGGUCCAAAGGAAAAGGGUGAGGCAGAAAUAGAUUCCUCUACUCCUGCUACCAUCUCUGAACCCACUCCAUCCACUCCCCCUUCAACAGUCCCAGAACCCCCCCUUGCUUCUGUCCCAACCAAAGAAAUCCCCAGCAUUCCUGUUCCUGAGAAAAAAUCUGCCCCCAUAAAGGAACAAGAAAAGAGUGAAGGCCCAGGAGUGGUUGCAGAUACUGGUGUCCCAGUAAAACCAGAGCGCAAGGCAAGUCAACCAGCCGUUGUGGAGAGUGUAGAGGAGGUCAUGUCAUCAGCAGCAUCUCCUCUCAUGCACAUGGCACCACCAACUCUUAAAAUUGAAGACUCAGAACUCAGACAAAGAACAAAUGCAGCUGGCAUCCAUGGGAUAGGACGUAUAGAGUUAACCGUCAAGUAUGGACCUCGCAAUAAUCUGGUUGUCGUCGUCCACCAGAUUACAAACUUACAAGUUGAGGAUGAUGGGGAGCUUCCAGAUCCAUACGUGAAACUUUAUCUUCUUCCUGAUCGUUCUAAGGAUAGUAAACGUAAAACAGACGUCAUCAAAGAUAGUUGCAACCCCAAGUAUGAUGAGCGCUUUGAGUACUCCAUACCACCCAAUGAACUGACACGGCGUACACUAGAAGUAAAUAUAAUCAACAAAAAAGGACUUUUAUUCUUGCAACGAUCACCUAAAAUGGGACAGGUACUCCUGGACUGUGGGCUUUUGGACUCAGACAAGGUGACACAGUGGUAUGACAUUGCUCCAGCCAUGGAUGAGGAUGAUGAGUGAGGACGGCGAAGUGUGCUGAGUCGAGUAGGAAGUUGGAGAGGCAGUCUGCGUAGAAUAACCAAGCUGGCUGAUCUAGCCAAGGGUAAGAAAAAAAAGAAGAAAGUGUGAUAAUUCAUGUGCAGUAACUACAAAACAAUUUUUAGCAAAUAUUUUUUUAAAUUAGUUGACAAGUGGAAUAUCUCUUAUUCGUGCAAUCACUUCUUGCAGUUGCUUCAUAAUUUUACACUAAUGAAUGAUACAAUGCUGUUUUAUGUUUUUUAUUUUAUUUUAUUGAAAUAAGUUGUAAAACCAAUUGCACAUGGACAGCAAAAAAAUAUUGCUAGUGUUUUUAAAAUGACCAAAAAUACAUAAUAAUUUUGUUUUGUGAUACAGCAUCUCUCUGACACAUAUUUGUGUUACCUUUGCGUACUUAAAUUUAUAAAAUUGAUAUUAUGAAAUAUUUAAGGGAAAAUGAGGUCUUGAUAUCCUGUAUCUCUUCUGGGAGAAGGCAAAAACCGUUGCAGCAGUGGAAAAUUGUUUGCAAUUCCUGGAAUGAGUUAACACACCCGGCCAGCACACUUCGUUAGCUACAGUACUCUCAGCAGAUGCUCAUGAGGAGGAUAUGCAAACAGUAAAUCUGCUUUUAUGUAUACAAGUGUAUUAAAUAUUGGAUCAGCCAUUUAAAAUUGGAUAUGGCAGUUGAAACUUCUUUAUAAAUAUUACUGUAGUGUAAUAUCAAAUUUUAUGAUUAUAGUAUUUAAGUGUAACAAGUACCAAGUAUGAUAAUUUUUAUUAUCAUAAAUUAUAAUGUAUGUUUAGAUGUUGGAAAAAAUUAUUUUGUAUUAUUUAAAGUUUAUAUGGCGUGGCCUUAAGUAGUGUUUGUCAAUCCAGGGUUGUUUUUGUCUUAGUCUUCAACACAAAAUGCAGUGCACAGAUAGAUCUGCUUUAGUAAAAUGUAGUUUAUGUUGACAGAGGUAUUCCUAGUGAAUAUUGCUUAUUUUUUGCUACAUAUAUAUUUUGAUGUAAAGGUACUCCUGCUUCAUCCCCUCUGGAGCAGCAUUUGGCACAUAGAGAUUUGACAUUAAUUAAUAUCCCAUUUAGAGUUGUGCAUAGAACAUUGUCAGUUGUGCAUUUUUUUUUUUAUUUUUUACCGGUGUGUGUGUGUGUGUGUGUGUGUGUUCAUGUGCAAGUAAUCUUGUUACAUUGUACAAGUGUGCCAACUUGGUCCUUUGCUGGACAUAAUUUCAGAUUUUCAAUAUUUUUAUAUGUUUAUUAUUUCUUGUAUGCUUUUUGUAAUAGAGUUAAUUAGCUUGAAUUUGAUUAAUUCAAUAUUUUUCUUAGUAAUUUCUUUUGUUUGGCAUUUUUCUAGAUAUAAAUGCAGUAUAAUACAUUAUCUAAAUUUCAUGGAGUAAUUCCUGUAAUAAUUAAGGGUUUCAAGACAAUGAGGUGGUAACUAAUCAAAAAGCUAAGUUUGCUAGUUUUUUAUGUAUAUUGUAAUUGCAAUACAUUGUUUCAGAGUAUAAAUAUGAUCUGUAAUCUGUAAGUUAUAUGGAGGCCUGGAAAAAUGCAACAGAACACAGACAGUGGAAGGAAACCUUAAUGGUUCAUUUUUUUUUUCUCCUGUAUUAAAUUAUCUUCCCUGCAAAGAGACGUUGAUUUUUAAAUAAAUAAAUAUGUCCUAGCUGUACACAUCUAUGUCUGUUCUGUUGAAUAUUAUAAUUGACUAUAAUAUAAAUGAAAUGUAUCAUAUAUUAAAAGUUUACUAAAGUUUUUAUGCAACUUGAAAAGAAUAAUUAUAAGUAUUAAUUUUAAAUUAUAUUUUGAUUUAAUAAUACCCUGCCUCGGUGGGAGACGGCCGACUUGUUGAAAAAAAAAAAAAAAUACUAUAUAAGAAAAAUAUUAGUGAAAUUACUUUUGCUGUAAAGAAAACCAAUAAAGUUUUUCAUAGUACUUGUACAUGGAAUUUUAAAAAUAAUUUUUAUACGUCAUAACUAUGCCACCCUGCCUUGGUGGGAUACGGCCAGUUUGUUAAAAGAACAACAACUAUGCUUGUUUUUAGCAUGUCUGAUCUCUGCUCUCUGACACUGAUAAGAAUAUGUUCUUGUUUACCAUGUCUAUAUCAGGUGUCCCCAACCUUUUUAUAAUUAUGGCCUCUGGUAAAAUUUUAGGAAAAUGUAUUUGGCACUUAAGCAACUACAAUUUUUCUCUAUAAAAUUCUAAAUGAAAAUGCUGAAGAUUUUUAUUUUUAUUUUUUUAAGAGGCAAAUUAUAUUAUACUAGUGGAUAAUCAUAAAAACUGCAGUUUAAAAAUUAGCAUUACAUUUUUGUGCUCUGGAAGCAUGAGCCAUUUUAAAAGAUUAUAAUGGUGCAUGUUUACAUCUCACUUCAGGCCCAGCACUUAUUAAAAAUAAUUGCCAAGAUGUUCUUACCUUAAAAAUUAAUCAAAUGGUGCCAAAGUUUCUUUGAUUAGUUUGGGAGCCCUCAGAAAAUAUCUUCAGUAGGUAUUUCAGCAUUCGAAUUACACCAUAACAUUUACCUCUCCCAUUCACUUGGUAUAUUUACUGGCCAAAUACAAGAAAGAAGAGUAAUUGUCACUUCUAGGUGGUGCUUAAGUUUACUAUAUACACGGUUGUGUUUAUAAGCUGUAUGCUGCCACUGCUUUUAAUAAUUCAAAACUUUCUUGCACUGUCCACUUCUGUUUUGUCAUUUUUAUUUCUUUAAAUUAAAUUUUAAUUGUUUUAAUAAGUAUUGUUUAUCAUCUCAUAUAUAAUAUUGAUAAUUAAAAAUUAAUUCAGAGGAAAUAUUAAUAGAGCUUUUUGAGGCAACAGAUGAGAGACUAGGAAGGCCUCCCUGGGUGCCUUGGGGACUCCUGGUCUAGGUACUGUCAACAAAUAUAGUACUGCAUUGUAGUUUUAAAAUGUGGUGAAAGUUAAGAAUGCUUCAUAAGUUCAAAACCUUUUGGGCAAAUUGGUGCUGCAUUUUAGUUUUGUAAGCUUUGGUCUAGUUUACUGAAAGUGAAAACCAUCCAUAAAUAUAACCAUGCUCUUUGCCUUAAAUGUCUAUAUACAUAUAUACACAAUGUCGACUUCACCUUUCUUGUGCAGUAAUUUGGGACAGUAUAAAAGGUCAAUAUGUGGCCUUUCAUAUUCUUACAAUCAUGACUAAAAGGCUUGUUAUCAAGAUACUGAAGCUAUUGUUUCUGCCAAAUAGUUCAGCAACAUGACACUCACCAGUAGUACUCACAAAUAUACACAUUCUUGCCUUACUUGAUGUACUUUACAUGACAGCUUGUGGGUCCUGGGAAAGGAAAGGAAUGAUGUAAUAAGGAUCAGUAUGGUAGACUAUGAAACAUUCACAACAUACUUCUUAGUGAUUCAUGAAACUCUAAUGACAAACCAGUCAAACACUGACAAACCAGUCCUAAAAAGAAUUUUAGGACUGGCUUGUCAUGUGUUCAUACCCCACUUCAUUCAGUGAGAUAUUAGUUUGUUUUUUGAUUGAAAAUAGUGCAGUAUUUUAAAAGCUAUCAUUCACAUCUCAAAACUUGGUAUUUACAUUCUGCUAUCUGAUAAAUCCUGUAUUUUAAGUCAUGAAAGCAGAUGUUAUAUUACAAUGGUAUUUUAUGAUCUAGCCAUUCCACAGUGUCCUAUCUGCCAUCAAUCAAAUUAGGCAGCUGCUACACCUAACAUUGCACCUGCUAAAUUGAGGUCAGUGGUUACUGUUUCUCAAGCAUACAGUAUAUCAGUUAUGGUUGAUCUACAUUAAUGACAUAAUACACUUUAGGUGAUUUUUUAAGUUAAAACUCAAAGCUUGCUAGCAGUGUGUGUAUUAUACCUACAGAAUAUGAAUACAAGGUACUUAUAACAAAAACAGUUGCCUAUAAAUUAACCUUGUGGUAAUUUAACCUUGUGGUAAUUUAUAAAUGUUUUCUGCUAAAAAGGAACUUUUUUAAUAAGCUAGAGGUACUAUAUUAUGCAUUUUGAUUCCAUUUAUUUCAGUAUGAGGGUUCUAUUAGAUUAACCUUUAAUAUGAGCUCUCAGUUAUUACAACUGAGAAUACUUUAAAAUUUAGGCAACAAGAACCUCUGAUAUAUGUUUCAUAGUAUUUCUCUUAUUACAAAGAUCCAAAGAUCAAAUAUAUAGUGCAAAACUCUUUAAUAAUAUUUUGCAUCAAAACUGUUGCUGUUUAGGCAUUUUCUGUGUUAUGGUGCUCUAAUGAAAUACAUUUAGCCCUUUCAAAAAAUAUAUGGAAAUUGUUGCUUAACUCAUGAUGUUUUCACUCAAAAUAUUUACUAUGUAGCUUAGCUUAUUCUUAAUUUUGUACAAUCAAAUUUAAAAAUUAUAACUUGAACUGUCCAUUUCACAAAGUAAUGGUGAAGGGAAUUAUAAAAUAUCAAUAAAGCUUACCAAAAUGA